CAGUGUGGGGGAGACGCACAGAACAGCCGGUGUCUGCACCUUAUGACAGCUCCGCAAGGUGCUGAACGGACAGAAGCCUGAGAGUCCGGGCUGGAGCUGCGCGUGCUGUACCGCAGCAGGGAGAACCGCAGCAGGGAGAACCGCAGCGUGUGCCCCGGGUCCUGCCUAUGCUCGGCUCCCGCCGCUGCCAGUGACUGUGCCCGUUCUUUGUCCUAGGUGCCGCAGACCUGUGCCCCCUGCCGGGGAGGAGUUCGGGCAGGGGUCAGCCUGCCAUGCACUGACUGCCCUCCUCCAGGACAUCAAUGAUAGAGGAUACCAUGACUCUGCUGUCUCUGCUGGGUAGGAUCAUGCGCUACUUCUUACUCAGACCGGAGACCCUGUUCCUGCUGUGCAUCAGCCUGGCGCUCUGGAGCUACUUCUUCCACACGGACGAGGUGAAGACCAUCGUGAAGUCCAGCCGGGACGCCGUGCAGAUGGUGAAGGGGAAGGUGGCCGAGAUCAUGCAGAAUGACCGCCUCGGGGGGCUCGAUGUCCUGGAGGCUGAGUUCUCCAAGACCUGGGAGUUGAAGAGUAACAAUGUGGCCGUGUACUCCAUCCAGGGCCGGCGGGACCACAUGGAGGACCGCUUCGAGAUCAUCACCGACCUGCUCAACAAGAGCCACCCGUCCAUCUUCGGCAUCUUUGAUGGGCACGGAGGAGAGUCAGCAGCAGAAUAUGUGAAGACUCAUCUGCCCGAGGUGCUAAAGCAACAUCUUCAAGACUUUGAAAGGGAUAAAGAGAACAGCGUACUUUCUUACCAGACAAUUUUGGAGCAGCAGAUUCUAGCAAUAGACCGGGAGCUGCUGGAGAAGCUUUCGGGGUCCUAUGAUGAAGCAGGUACCACAUGUUUAAUUGCUUUGUUAUCUGACAAAGAACUCACAGUGGCAAAUGUCGGGGAUUCACGCGGAGUCUUGUGUGACAAAGAUGGAAAUGCUAUUCCCUUAUCGCAUGAUCACAAACCAUAUCAGCUAAAGGAAAGAAAGAGGAUUAAGAGAGCUGGUGGUUUCAUCAGCUUCAAUGGCUCCUGGAGAGUUCAAGGAAUCUUGGCAAUGUCCCGUUCUUUAGGGGACUAUCCCUUAAAAAAUCUGAACGUCAUCAUAUCAGACCCUGAUAUCCUGAGCUUUGACCUCGACAAGCUGCAGCCAGAAUUCAUGAUCCUGGCAUCUGAUGGGUUAUGGGACGCUUUCAGCAAUGAAGAAGCCGUCCGGUUCAUUAAAGAACGCCUGGAUGAACCUCACUUUGGAGCCAAAAGCAUUGUGUUACAAUCCUUCUAUAGGGGAUGUCCUGAUAACAUAACAGUCAUGGUAGUAAAGUUCAGGAAUGGUAGUAGAACAGAUGAACAAUAAGGUAUUUACUAAUGUACAGAUGGACUUCAGGCAAACUAUUUUAUUUUAACCAAGUAGAAAAAUGUGGAAACAUUAUUAAGAUUGCCCCAUGACUUCAUAUCCGUGUCCUAAACCACAUGGACCCAUGCAGCUAAUGUAUCCAUCAACUGUAAAUUUAUGAACGCACAGAAAGUAUAUAUGACCCCAACAUUGUUACAUCCCUAACAAGCAACUAUCUGUAUUAAAAAAAAAGUGUUACCCCUCCAAAGGCGUUGUUACUGGGUGGAGGUGAGAACGUGUCAUGCUGCAUCAUACAAGAUAUGAGAAUCAUGCCACACUGUCAAUGAAUAAACCAAGUGUUCACUUUUACCAACCAUUUGUCUAACGUAUAUCCAGGGAAAGGCCUGGCCAAACAUUGUGAAAAAGUUGUAAAGAUGUAUUAAUAUUAUAAUGAUGUCACCUAUGAGUUGCUUUGUCUUUAAAAAACAUUUUAAAGUU